AUGAAAGAGGGGAAGGAGAAGAGGGCGGUGAAAGGGGAGAAGGGGGCGAGAGAGAAGAAGGUCGAGAAGGUGAAGAAGGCAGAGAUGGCAGAGGUGGCUCUGGGGGAGCUGGUGCUGGCGGCGGUGGUGGCCUCGGGGGUGCCGGCGGGGCUGGCACUGGCGGCGCUGCUGCUGGUGGAGCAGGUGCUGGUGCUGGAGGUGAAAACAGCCAAGAAAACGGUAUUCAAAACGGGGCUGGUGGUGGCCAGGCUGGAGGCCAAAGCCAAGAAGGCCUUGGAGGAGGUGGUCUUGGAGGUGGCGGAAAUGGAGAUCAAAGUCAAGGUGGCGGUGCCGGGGGCCAACAGCAAGGUGGUCCCCUUGGAGGUGCUCUUGGAGGCGGCGACGCUGGAGGUCAGGGAGGACAAGAAGGUGGAGGCUCAGCCGGCGAAGGACAAGGAGGUGACGGUGGAGAAAGGGGGGAUGGAGGAGAUGGAAGAGGUCCAGGGGGCAGAGGUGGAGGUGGAGGUGGAGGUGGAGGGGAAGGCAAUGGAGAUGGAAGAGGAGGUGGUGGCGGCGGAGGUGGUGAUGGAAAGGGAGGAGGCCACGGAGGAGGUGGCGGCGGUGGUAGAGGUGAUGGACGCGGAGAUGGUGAUGGACGAGGAGGUGGCGAUGAUAACAAUGGUCACUCCGGUGGAAUCGGGUUUGGAUUUGGUGGAGGCGGCGGCAUCAGUUGGGAGCAUCAGAGAUGAGCUGCCUUAUGCAAAGCAAAGGGGAGACCUGUGA